CUGCGCGCGGGUCCUGUCGGGAGCCGCUGUGUACGUUUGGCCCCAGCAGGUGAAGCUGAAGGGAGAGGGGGGAAAAGAAGAGCGAGGGAGAGCGAGCGGUGGAGCGGUGUGUGAAGUCGUUGGAUCCCGGGUUGGCUCCGGAUUUGGAUUCGUUGAAAUGAGCAAUCGUAAAUCAAAGAAUAACAACUUAAUACAUGCAGAGUGCCUUUUACAGGUUCAAAGAACAUUACGUGAAAGAUUUUGUCAUCAGAGUCCACAUGGUAACUUAUUUGGAAUCCAAGUACAAUACAAACACUUAAUUGAGCUACUUAAAAGAACUGCUAUCUAUGGAGAAAGUAACUCUGUACUCAUUAUUGGGCCCCGAGGAUCAGGAAAAACACUGCUAAUAAAUCAUGCUUUGAAAGAGCUUAUGGAAAUAGAAGUGAGUGAAAAUGUAUUACAAGUUCAUCUGAACGGACUGCUGCAGAUCAAUGAUAAAAUUGCACUGAAGGAAAUCACAAGACAGUUAAAUCUGGAAAAUGUAGUUGGAGAUAAAGUUUUUGGAAGUUUUGCAGAAAACCUUUCAUUUCUUCUAGAUGCUUUAAGAAAAGUUCCUAUUGUUGAAGACCUUAUCUCAUUUGAUUAUGGAAAUUGUUUUAAUUUCCUUUGGACAUUUGGUGACCGGAUUAGCAGUUGUCCAGUAAUCUUCGUAUUAGAUGAAUUUGAUCUUUUUGUUCAUCAUAAAAACCAAACUCUCCUCUAUAAUCUUUUUGACAUUUCUCAGUCAGCACAAACUCCAGUUGCAGUUAUUGGUCUUACAUGUAGAUUGGAUAUUCUAGAGCUCUUAGAAAAAAGAGUGAAGUCACGAUUUUCUCAUCGGCAGAUACACUUAAUGAAUUCAUUUGGUUUUCCACAAUACAUUAAAAUAUUUAAAGAACAGUUAUCGCUACCUGCAGAAUUCCCAGAUAAGCUUUUUGCAGAGAAGUGGAAUGAGAAUGUUCAGCGUCUCUCAGAAGAUAGAAGUGUGCAAGAAGUUCUACAGAAGCAGUUCAAUGUCAGCAAAAACCUGCGGUCAUUACACAUGCUAUUGAUGCUGGCUUUACAUCGAAUAACAGCAUCACAUCCAUUUAUGACUUCAGCAGAUCUGAUGGAAGCAAACCAGCUGUGUAGCAUGGAUUCUAAAGCAAAUAUUGUGCAUGGUUUAUCAGUCUUGGAAAUAUGUCUUAUAAUAGCAAUGAAACAUUUAAAUGACAUCUAUGAAGAGGAGCCUUUUAAUUUUCAGAUGGUCUAUAAUGAAUUUCAGAAAUUUGUUCAAAGAAAGGCCCAUUCUGUUUAUAAUUUUGAGAAACCUGUUGUAAUGAAGGCUUUUGAACACUUACAGCAAUUAGAAUUAAUAAAGCCCAUGGAAAGAACUUCAGUAAAUUCACAGAGAGAGUACCAGCUGAUGAAACUACUUUUGGAUAAUACUCAAAUUAUGAAUGCGCUGCAGAAAUACCCCAACUGUCCUACGGAUGUCAGGCAGUGGGCAACUUCUUCACUAAGCUGGCUAUAAACAUAACCAGUGAUUUCAGUUUUGGCAUUUCAGGCAUUCUUUGCUGAAGAGCUUUAAGUUAUUAACCUUUAACAAGAUAUGUUAAUACAUUCCUUUAUAUUUAUAAACAGUUUGUAUUUAUGGGAAAUUGCUGUACAUGUUGGCCAUUCCUUAAAACAUGAACAGUUAUGUGAUUUGUAAUUCCAGUGGUUGGUUUAGAUUGUGCUCUCUGUAGCAGUUCAAAUGAAUAAAAUAUGACUGUUUUAGGAA